AUGAAACUAUUUAUCCAGAGCCGUUUAUCGAUUACAUUACAGAUUAGUGGAAUAAUCCCAUUGAUAGGCUGUUCCAUAGUCUGUGGAGGUGACGUUGGGAAAAAGUAUUGCGUCCUCAUCGCACAUCCACAAUUCCCAUCAGCGAUCAUAGUCGCUGCACCAGAUUUUAAAACUCAGGACGAAUGGUUAAAAGCGCUACGCAGUGCUACGAAAAUUUCAUUUAAAAACACACUAGUUGGCGAAACAAUGAUUCGCGAAUUGGAAAAUCGUGGUGUGAUGUUAUGUGAGGAGAAAAAGACCUAUGAGGAGAAACUGGAGCAGGAGGCGAAGGCACGACGAGAGGAGCACGACAGGGCUGCGGAGCUAUCACGUGUGAAAGCAGAACUCGAAAGUGAACGCGAAAAGUUGAUAAGAACCACAAAGAAACUUAAGGACGAUCUUCAGAAUGUCAGAAAGUAG